AAGAACUCGGUGGCAGAGCGGUGGAUAGGAAAUUACACGCCAUCAACAGCGACACGAUCAAUUGAGGCACCAGAGCGAUAAAUUUGCAGGAUUUCUAUCUACCCCACUAUCAACUUCAGAAAAGCACUGAAGAUGCCUGAACUCGUCGGAAAGACUGUAGGCCCAGUUGGCUACGGCCUCAUGGGUCUGACAUGGCGCAAGAACCCACCACCAGCCGAACAGAGCUACGCAGCUAUGCGCACAGCACUUGCACUCGGCGCGAACAACUGGAACGGCGGCGAGCUCUAUGGUCCCCCGGAGCGCAACUCUCUACACCUGCUUAAUGAGUACUUCACCAAGUACCCCGGCGACGCAGAAAAGGUCGUUUUGUCUAUCAAAGGUGGUCUCAAGAAGGGUGAGCUGGCGCCGGAUGGCAGUCGGGAGAACGUAAGGCGCAGCAUCGACGAGUGCUUGAAGGUGCUGGAUGGCAAGAAGACUCUCGAUCUGUUCGAGUGUGCUAGGGUCGACCCCAAGACACCCAUCGCAGACACCGUUGGCUACAUCGCAGAGUAUGUCAAGGAAGGCAAGCUCGGCGGUAUCAGCUUGUCAGAGGUUGGUGCGCAGUCUAUCCGCAAGGCGCAUGCUGUGCACCCCAUUUCGGCCGUCGAGGUGGAAUUCUCGCUCUGGGUGACCGACAUUCUUGAAAAUGGUGUCGCGGCAACGUGCGCAGAGCUGGGUAUCCCUAUCAUCGCGUACUCUCCCCUUGGACGCGGAUUCCUGACUGGCAGGUACAAGAAGUACAGUGACAUCGAGCCCGACUCGAUGCUUCAGCACAUGCCCAGGUUCCAGCCCGACGUAUUUGACGAGAACAUCAAAUUGCUCCACGCCGUCGAGGACAUGGCCAAGGCCAAGGGAGUCACACCAGCUCAGAUUGCCAUCGGCUGGGUACUCGCGCAGAGCGGUGCCAAGGGUAUGCCUACUAUCAUCCCAAUUCCUGGUGCUACGACGUCGGAGAGGAUCGAGGAGAAUAUGAAGCCGGCGAAGCUCAACGACGAGGACAUGAAGGCGCUGGACGAGAUGCUGAAGAAGUUCCCGCCGAUUGGAGGAAGAUACCACGAGUCGCAGUCAGCACUGCUGUUCGCAUAGACAACUAUAGUUCUAGUCUAAAGCUUGUUAGUACUGUAGC